UUAAAUUUGAAAAAUCAAAGAUGAUCCGUCCAGGUUCUGCCGUAAAAAGAAAGCAACAGCAGGCAAAGACCUCUGCUCCGCAGCCUAAGUCUAAGGAGAUUAAGAUGCCUGAAGCCAAGGAUUACCUUCAGGAUAGAGAUUAUAUUGGCGCUAUUACUUUGUUGGAUUGCGAAAGAAAGUACUCUAAGAAGCAUGAUCUGAAGACAUUGCUCAGCCUUGCCUACGCUUGCUUCCAUAAUGGAGAUUAUAAGAAAGCAAUUGAUACUUAUGAUGAAUUGAUGAGAGGUCACGAUUAUGAUAAAAACUUCCAUCUUUAUAAAGCCUGCUGCCUCUAUGCUGAAUGAAAAUACAAGGAAGCCAAGAAAGAGUGAGAGAAAGCAGGCGAUAAUGUGGAUGGAGGACUUUUCAUCAGGUUAAUGUUCCAACUCUCUCAUAAGCUUGGUGAAGAGACCCAGAUCAUGAACUAUCACCAACAGCUCACUAGCAGUGUGAGAGAUGAGCUCUGUAUUGCAGCGUUGCAUUACUUAAGGAACCAUUAUGAAGAAGCAACUGAGAUUUAUAAGAAAUUACUUUUAAAUAAUCGUGAUUUCCAUGCUUUAAAUGCCUAUGUGGCCUUAUGUUACUACAAGCUGGAUUAUUAUGAUGUCUCACUAGAGAUCCUGGCUGUCUAUUUGGGAAUUAAUCCAAACUCUAUUAUGGGAGUUAACCUCAAAGCUUGUAAUCAUUACCAACUUUACAAUGGGAAAGCAGCUGAGGCUGAGCUGAAAGUUCUUCAAAACAGCUCAACUAGUGGAGAUAUCUUCCAAGAUAGUGAUCUUCUUAGACAUAACCUCGUAGUCUUUAGAGGUGGGGAGAACGCACUGCAGGUCUUACCCCCACUUGUGGAUAUUAUUCAAGAAGCAAGGCUAAAUUUAGUCAUCUAUCAUCUAAAGAAUGAUGAAGUAAACGAAGCCUUUAAAUUAGUCAAAGAUAUGGAGCCGGUUGUGCCAAAGGAAUAUAUCAUUAAAGCUGUUGUCCAUGCUGUUAUUGGGCAAGGAGAGGAGAACAAAGAGCAUCUGGGCAUUGCCCAGAAACUCUUCCAGCUCGUUGGUGGUUCAGCAACAGAAUGUGACACCAUUCCUGGAAGACAAUGCAUGGCUUCUUGUUUCUUUUUGUUAAAGCAAUUUGAUGAUGUGUUGGUGUACCUCAAAUCUAUCAAGUCAUAUUUCUUGAAUGAUGAUGACUUCAACUGGAACUUUGGCAUUGCCUCUGCUUCUGCAGGAGAAUAUAAAACGGCAGAGGAAGCACUGAUUCAAGUCCAAAAAUAUAGGGAAGACUAUACCUAUCUGUCUUGGCUAAGUAGAUGUUAUAUCAUGAAUGGAAAGCCACACUUGGCCUGGGAGAUUUAUAUCAAUAUGGAGACUUCGAACGAAAGUUUGUCAUUACUGAAUCUCAUUGCUAACGAUUGCUAUAAGAUGGGACAGUUUUACUACUCAGUGAAAGCAUUUGAUGUCCUUGAGAGACUUGACCCCGAUCCUGAAUUUUGGGAUGGCAAGAGAGGAGCAGCUAUCGGCCUCUUCCAGCUUGUAGUUGCUGGGCAAGAGACUAGGGAGAAGCUGAUAGAAGUUAUCAGCAUGCUUAGAAACACAAGCAACCCACAAGUUGAAUUCUUUAUUAAUGUAAUGAAGAAGUGGGGUGAAGAUAACGGGUUCAGUUUCUAA